AUGGUUUUCGUUUUGUUUCAUGAUUUGUUCGCUCUCAGGGGCCAUCUGUCUUACUCUACCAACAUCUUGGCCGGCGCCAGCUACGAGCACGACGGCUCCCGCGUACAACUGCACGCCGACGCCCACAACGGCACGACGCUCUUCAACGGCGGCGACGACGGCUGGGGCCGCGUGACGUGGGGCGCCGCCGUGCACACCAACAACAGCAUCACCUUCGUGCUCUUCGACCGCAUGUGGAACGGCUUCCCGGGCAUCUUCGCCGCCUGCCUCACCCACACCGUCACGCCGCACGAAUGGCGCGUCGCCUUUGACGUGACGCCGCUCCUCAAGACGGCGCCGCUGGACCUGAGCCAGCCGGUCUUCUUCAACCUGGACGGCUUCCGCUCAGGCGGGACGGGCACCGUGCUGGACCAUACCCUGCACCUCCCCGCGGCGGGCCUGCGCUUCGAGAGCGACGAGCUCGGCAUCACCACCGGGAACAUCCUGGCGAACCGGAAGGGGAGGGAGUUUGACUUUUGGUCAUCGUCAGAGCGGACGGUGGGGGACGCCCUCCGGCAGAAACCGGAGCUGCCGAGGCAUUGCCCGUCCCAAGGCGGGUAUGAUUGCGGCUAUGACGAGACUUUUCUGCUUUCGCACGAGGACACGGGGCGCAAAGACGAGCGGCCUGCCGCUGUGCUGUCGAGUCCGCACUCGGGCGUCAAGAUGAGCUUGUUCACGGAUAGGGACGCCUUACACGUGCAUACCUGGAACGAACGGGAUGGAGCCCUCGCUCUCAAGCGGACGCAAGGCCAGGGGCCGGUUCCGCAGCAUGGAGCAAUAUCGCUAGAGAUGAGAGACUGGCCUGAUGCUGUGAACCAUCCGAAGUGGACGAAUAGGAGGACCAUGUGGGGAAUGGAUGGCUUGUAUACUAGCUUUGCCACGUACAGAUUCUCUCUAGAGGAAUAG